AUGGCCAGUUCAUUUGGUCUAUUAUCAUAUUCAAUGGAUUCAUCACAGAUUAUUGAGCCUAUUCCGAAAAAACUUCGUUAUGAUAUCGAAUGUAUCACGUCUACCAAAAAAACCAUCUGUACCGAAAAUAAGGAAAACAGUCACUGUCAUCGAAAAGUGAAAGUUGAAGCUGAGGAUGUGAACGUAAUAUCCAAUGUGACAUCAGUUAUUCUUCCGCACAUGCCAUCAUCCUCCAUAUCAUCUGAUAUCAAAAACAAUCAUAUGGCGUCAUCAUCAUCACAUACCUCCAGUCCUCGCACGUCAUCUGAACGUGAUUUUGUUGAAGCUCAUGAUGAGAGCAGUGACAUUACUGUUAAAUCGUUCACAAACUGGAAUCCAAACGGUUCAUUGGCAUUACGUGAUCAGAAAAAUACAUCAGAGCUUACACCUGGACGUUCAUUAAUUGAAUACGAAGGCAAAUUCAAUAGUUUUGCCGAAUUUGAGGAAGUAUUUAACAAAUGGAAAGAUGCUGAGUUUCAUCCAUUCCGAGUUGCAUCCUCUGAAACUCUCAAGAAUCCAGAUGGAUCAAUCAAUACAACACACAAAUACCGUUAUGUUGUUUAUCAUUGUGCACAUUAUGGAAAUCCUCGUAUGCGUGGAAAUGGAAAGCGUCCCAAUCAAACCUAUUUACCAUGUGGUUGCAACGCCAUGCUCCGAUUGAAUUAUAAAUUUUCUGAGAGAGCAUUACGUAUCACUACUUUGAUUACGGAACACAAUCAUCCACAGAAUGAGGAAUAUUACAACAAAUCAAAAAAAGCGGCAAAAGCUGCUCGUCCAGCUCCCAUUAAAGCGAAACGACGUGCCACGUUAGCACCAGCUCAACAGCAAACUGUCCUUCACAGGCCUCAGCCUAUCCAACAGUUGCCUCAGUCGAUUCAUUUGCGACACUCUGAAUCUCCAUCGUCAUCUGAACAAGAAAUUCAUUCGUCAUCACCUUCAUCAGUUGUGUCAACAGCUCAAAGCAGCCCAGCUUUACCUGAUUUGCCGAGACCAAUUCCCUUGAUGUUGCCUAAUCCCGGUAUAGCAAUGCCAGCUGCACUGCCUAAUGCAACAACUGUUAUGUACCAACAACAGCUACUGAAUGUUCUCCUAGCUCAACAGAAUCUACUUCAGCAAAAGGAGAAUUUGCAACUUCUAGCACAACAGUUGCAAGUCCAACAACUUCAACUACCAUAUGCUACAGCUUCAUCAGAUCUGUUAGUCUCGCCCAUGACUGACAUGAAGAAGGAUAUGAUCUCUGUAUCCAGUGCUCAAGUGUCCUUGAGCUCAGAUAAUGACCAAAAAAUUUUUGUAACCGUCUAA